UAUCCUAACUUAUGUGCAUAUUCAUUCCUCUUAGCUCCCUUAUACUCUCUGUGUCUCUUUCUCUAUUUCUGAAUCUCAUAGGGGAUAUUAUUCAUUGUUCAUAACUUGGCUUUGUAGCAUUUUCCCUUUUGGUAUAAAAUGGGAAGGCAACCUUGUUGUGACAAAGUUGGGUUGAAGAAGGGGCCAUGGACUGCAGAGGAGGAUAAGAAGCUCAUAAGCUUCAUCCUCACUAAUGGCCAAUGUUGCUGGAGAGCUGUUCCUAAGCUAGCAGGACUAUUAAGGUGUGGGAAGAGUUGCAGGCUGAGGUGGACAAAUUACUUGAGGCCAGACUUAAAGAGAGGCCUUUUAUCUGAAUAUGAAGAAAAAAUGGUCAUUGAUCUUCAUGCUCAACUUGGCAAUAGAUGGUCCAAGAUUGCUUCUCAUCUCCCUGGAAGAACUGAUAAUGAGAUAAAAAACCAUUGGAACACCCACAUAAAGAAAAAGCUCAAGAAAAUGGGCAUUGAUCCUGUCACACAUAAGCCACUCCCUAAUGCAACAGAACAAACAAAAAAUCAAACCAAACAAGAACAACAACUACACCACCAACCAGUAGAAGAAGAGCAGAACCAACAACCUUUGCAAGUUGACUUUGACCCCAAAGAUGACCCAAAUAAGGAGCCAGAGACUUCACUGGAGUCAUCAACCAUCACAGAAGAAGCCAUAUUGGAAGACCAAAUCAUCACACCCCUAUUUGACAAAAUGGAGCUAAUGAAUGGUUUCUGCACGGAUGAAGUUCCAAUAAUUGAACCUGAUGAGAUUCUAAUGCCUUGUGGACCUUCCUCUUCAUCCACUUCUUCUUCAUCUUCUUCAAAUUCAACCAUUUUCCUUGAAGACUUGCAGCUACCAGAUUUUGAAUGGUCUUGUAAUUACAAUGAUAAUAGUACUACUACCCACAACAACAACAACAACAACAACAGCAGCAGCAGCAGCAUGGACUUGUGGGAUGAAGACAUUAUUGGCAAACUUAAUUGGCUGAUUAAUGAAGAUGAUGAUAGUGAUAUUGAAAACCAAGUGUUUGAUGCUUCUCUCACUCAGUUCUCAAAAAUGUUCAUGGAUUCAGAAUCUUGGGCAUAUGGCUUGUUUUGAUUUGAAUUUUUCUCCCCCUUGUUUGCAAUUUGCUUCUAAGUUUUUGAGAAGAAUAAACGGUUAAUCAUUUAUUAGGAAGAACACAACUCUUGUUUAGCAUUACCAACUUUUCACCCCUCUAACUUUUCACUUUAUCAUGUAAAAAACCACAUGUAAUAUAAUAAUGGAAAUAAGUUUCUUUCUUUA